ACACGUGACUGUUCACCGGUUAGACGGUGAAGUUGCGGGAAGUUUCCAAAAUGGCAUCCCUUCGUGUCACGUACGCAUCGGGGAAGGAGCGUCGUCCCAGCUGCAACAUAAGUAUGGCAAGGAAAAUCAUUUUUUUGAUAUUUUUGCCAUUCAUCCUAGCGACAGAGAAAACUGUGUAUAUCAAACCAAAGAAAACUUUUGCUACUCUGUACUCCACGGGUGUUGAUGCCUACAAUGACCAGACGUGGUUCUUGUGUGCGAGUUCCUUGGAAGACGCAAUUAAAGAUUACACGUUUUAUAAAGAUACUGUUAUCGACUGUCGGAUUCAGUGCAAAAAGAGUACAACGAUUCGAGAAGUGACCCCAGAAAUGGUGGAAUUUUCUGUGUUUGAGAGAAUAAUAGAAAAUUCCGAUUGUAUAAGAAGAUGCAAAAGGCAUAAGUUCGGUGACAGAAUCUACCCAGACCCACGGGAUAGGAUAUUCUCUACAUUCCAGAAGAGGAAACCAUACGAAUACUUGCAGUUUUGUUGGUUUCAGUUGGAUCGCCUCAAGGAUGCCGCAUCUGCUGCCUACACAUUUUACCUGGUCAACCCUGACCAUGAGGACAUGAUAAGCAACAUCCGCUACUAUAAGGAUAAGGCUGGCAUCCACGAGAACGACUUCCUUGAUCUGGAACUCAGGCCAUACAAGGAAGCGUAUGUCCGUGGGCUCAUGUCCUACAACAGUGAUGACUGGGAAGGGGUUAAAACCAACAUGGAGGUGGCCAUCACUGAAUUUUACCAUGAGGAGGAAAGGUGUCGCGUGGAGUGCGAGGCCAUCUAUGAGUCUGCUGUACCACAGGAGUUUGUCAGCGCUGUGGCAGACCAUUAUCUGUCUGUCCUGGAGUGUCAGUACAACUGUGAGAGGAGACUGAGCAGGAUAUUUACUGACGAAAUGGAAGACUAUGUGGCUGACCACUUUCACUACCUGCAGUUUGCCUACUACAAGUUAAAGAAUGAUGAGAAAUCCAUGGAAGCAGCAGCAACGUUCCUCCUGUUUCAACCUGGUGAUGAGACGAUGCAGAAGAACAAGGGCUUCUAUCUACAAAAGGGGUACGCAGAGAAGGACUUCCAGCCUAGAGAACAAGCAGUUGUCUAUCUGGAAAGGAAACAUCAAAUGGAGAGGAUACUGGACUUCUCCCAAACAAAUUAUUUGAAGGAUACAGGCGACUUGGUGAAGCCACUGGAAGAAAGUGGAGUAAAGACUACAAAUGAAGAGGAGAAGCACAAUACCUUCUGGAUGAAACAGUACGAGAGAAUUGGGCUGAAAAUAGUUUCCCAUGGAGACCAACUGAAGGGGGAAAAGCGGUUUGCAGCUGAUGGCUUCUUAAGGAAGGAGCAGUGCCUUGAGCUCAUCAGUCUAGUUCAUAAAAAGAAAGCUAACAAGUAUGGAGCCAAAGUGGUGACUAUUACUGAUGCGAAAGAGAUGUUGGAGACAGAGGAUUUGAACAAUGAGGUCUCAUUACGCUUCUUGCUUCGUAUUUCCGAGACAACUCGCCACUACAUAAUGAAGUAUUACAACUUGACAAGGUUGUUCUUCAAGCAUACAUCUAUAGUGUGCUGGGGGCCUGAGAAAGGCCUUGACGCAUCUUCCUUUGAUGGGUGCAUACCCCAGGAGAGUGGAUCAUGUGUAGACGAAUUGCCAUCCAACAUAGGGGAUGAGGAAUACAUUGGAGUGACAUAUCUCUCUGAUAUCCCUGCUGAUGAAGGAUCAAACAUUUACUUCAUGUCACCUGACAAGGAAACUGAGAGCAAAGUUGGAAUAAAGUGUGGGCGGCUGGUUGCAUUUGAGAGCAGUGACCAUCAUGGUGUCAGCAUCCCGUACAGUGAGCAGCGAUGUGCACUGGUCAUCCGGUACACCACUGACCCCACCAAGGAUGACCAGGCCUAUGUUGAGACCAUCAAGGCUCUGCACAAGAUGGACAGGAAAUACUUGCUGAGUGAUAUGAACUCCAAACAGCUCACCUUAGAAGAUAUGAAAAAAAGUGGGAUCUCUAUAACAAAGGAAGGUGCUGACAUGAAGGGAGGGGAGCGAGUGAUGGCCGAUGGACUUGCCAAGGACGAUGAGUGCCAGACACUGACCAACCUUGUCCUGACUCACGGUACAGAGGGGAGUGGCUAUGAAGGGAAUUCUUUCCCUCACACACCCCAGGAGAAUUUUAAGGGCUUUACAAUGAUUGACGCGUGGGAGACGGGUGCUUUAGUCGGUGAUGGGUACGAGCAUCUCCCCACUAAGCCAUCAGCUAUCUCCCCUCACACAGAGCAUGAGAUGUUCCAAGGCCUCACAGUUUACCGUGCAGCAAAGUUGGCCAACUCGGACAAAGUAAGCUAUGCUGCCGUUGAGCUGUUUGUGAACCUGAGCGAGCGCAGUCGUCUGUUCACAGAGAAAUACUUCAAUGUCACAAAACCUCUGUACUUUGACUUCACACACCUUGUUUGUCGGUCAGCCAUUGAUGAUGGUAACCUUGACCGGUCGGACCUGAGUCACCCGGUCCAUGCUGACAACUGUAUGCUGAAGACUGAUGGUUCCUGCCCCAAGGAGUUCCCUGCUUACAUUCAGAGAGAUUACAGUGCAAUUCUUUACUUAAACCAUGAGUUUGAGGGUGGGGAAUUUUUCUUUGCUCACAAGAAUAAAUCUGCACAGGUAAAUGUUCAUCCCAAGUGUGGGCGACUUGUCAGCUUUAAUGCUGGUGAGUUUCAUGGGGUUAAGGCAGUUGUCAAGGGUACCAGAUGUGCAUUAGCAUUGUGGUUCACAACCAACCCACAGUUCAAGGAACUUGCACAUCUACAAGCUCGCAAAAUUUUGGCCACAAAGCGGAAGGAGAGAGAAGAAAAGAACCAGAAAGAAUUGUCCAAGACUGAAUUAUAACCAAUACUUUUUACAACUUGUUGUUAUUUAAGAAGAUGUUUUGAUAAUUAUUCAAAUGUUCACAGGUUAUUAUUUAUGGAAGUCAUUCUUCUGAAUGCUCAUAUCAUAAUACUGAACAUGUUUGGAAAUUAUUCACAUAUAUGUCUCUUCAUUCAGCUGUACAAACCAUCAUGUUUUAUUGUCUGAAAAUUGUAUGUACACCUGUCUUUGAAUCUCCUUAUCUUUUGUCAUGUGGACAUGGAUUCUUACUGUAUCAGGUGAAAUAUUGGCCCAAUUUCAUGUGUGAGAGGUUUGGUCCUCCCACCCACAUCACUAAAGACACAAAGCAUCCAGCAUUUACACCUUGGCAUAAUGAAACAUAAGAUCACUAGACUUACAGGUCAAAAGGUUGUAUGGGUCAGUAUCUGACAUAUCUUUUACAUGAGUAUUUUUCUACAUAACACCCUAUAUUUGUAUAUCAGGAAGUCAGGAUCUGCUUUUAGGUGUUCUUUCAGACUAUUUUACUCAAGAUAUAACGACAGGGAUUUUUUUUCUGUUUGCCUUGACCGGUUGCAAAUUCAUAGAUGUCUCUGACUGUGUCAUGAAGUCUGUGUAAAUGUAUGUACAGUCUAGGAUUUCUUUUGUGCUGAAAGAGUCACAUAGGCUUCGGGGCCAUGUGUGUAACACUUUUACUGAAAUUGUAAUUAAGAACGCCUUCUACAUCUACCCAAGGCAAGAGAGUUAACUGACUUUAAAAGUCUAGUUUCCACCCUUGCCGAACUAGACUCGAAUCCUGGCCUCAAUCGUAGCGCCAACUGUGACUAUUACGAGUUAUGUCCCUUCUAUGCCUG